CAGAACCAGAUGGUUCCAGGCGGCUCCAGGCUGACCUCGAGAUGCUGCCCCUGGCCUGGCUGCUGCCCCUGCUGUGGGGGGCCUGUGGGGGGCAGCCUGGGGUUCCCAGGAGGUCCCCGCCCCCGGGGUCCCUGGCUCAGGAUGGGGGGUACCAGCUGUGCGCCCCAGCGGAGGUGACGGUGCAGGAGGGCCUGUGCACCCUGGUGCGCUGCUCCUUCUCCUUCCCUCCCACAGCCCGGACUGCGUCAACACCAGUUCACGGCCACUGGUACCGAAAAGGGGCCUCAGGCCCGGGCAAGGGACCCAAAAAGAAGGACAAAGCUCCGUUCAGCCUCCUCGGGGACCCCCAGGCCAACAACUGCUCCCUGAGCAUCCAGGACCCCAGGAAGGAGGACUCCGGAGACUAUUUCUUCCACGUGGAGAUUGGAGGCCAGGAACACAGUUAUAGAGAGAAUUCCAUCACCGUGACCGUGACCGCUCUAACCCAGCCCCCCCACAUCCGCAUCCCGCAACCCCUGCAGUCCGGCCGCCCCAGCCGCCUGCAGUGCUCCUGGCCCACGACGUGCGCCCGGGGGGCGCGCCCCACCUUCUCCUGGAGCGGGGCGGCCCUCGGGUCCGCGGGACGGCGCUCGGGGCCCAGGAAUUUCCCCGCGAUCACGCUCACCCCUGGCGCGCAGGACCACGGCACCAAGCUCACCUGCCGGGUGACCCUGCCUCGCGCUGGGCCGACCGUGGAGAGCACCGUCACCCUCAACGUCUCCUAUGCGCCGCAGAACCUGACCGUCGGCGUCCUCCGAGGAAAUAGCACAGAAAUGAACUACCUGGGCAAUGGCUCAGCUCUUCCAGUCCUGAAAGGGGAAUCCCUGCAGCUCGUCUGUGUCGCUAACAGCAACCCCCCAGCCGAGCUGAGCUGGGCCCGGGGGAGCCAAGCCCCAAGUCCCUUGCAGUCCUCAGACCUGGGGGUCCUGGAGCUGCCUCCAGUACAAAUGGAGCAUGAAGGAGAACUCACCUGCCGAGCCGAGAACCUGCUGGGCUCUGACCAGGUCUCCCUGCUCCUCUCGGUGAUCUACCCCCCACAGCUGCUCAGCCCCUUCUGCUCCUGGGAGGCUGAGGGUCUGCGCUGCAGCUGCUCCGCCCGAGCCCGGCCGGCCCCCUCCCUGCGCUGGAGGCUCGGGGAGGAGCUGGUGGAGGGGACCCAUGACAACGCCUCCUUCACGGCCACCUCCAGCCUGGCCGGGCCCUGGGCCCACAGCAACCUGAGCCUCCACGAGGGGCUCGGCCCCGGCCCCGGCCUCCAGCUGAGCUGCGAGGCCCAGAAUGCCCACGGGCACCAGAGGGUCACUGUCCUCCUGCUGCCAGGGAAGGAGGAGCUUGGGAGAGGAUUUUUGCAGGGGGCUGUCUGGGGGGCUGGGGCCGCUGCCCUGCUCUCUCUCUGUCCCUGCCUCAUCUUCCUCACAGUGAAGAUCUGCAGGAAGCAAGCAGCCAGGACAGCAGCCGGAGGGACGGACGUCCCCUCCGUCACGGAUUCUGCCUCCCCGUAUGAGUCCUGGCUUGGCAGCCCCCCAGACCACCUGCCCCCUGCUGCGGCCACCCCCACCUCAGCGGAGGAGAUGGAGCUCCACUACGCCUGCCUCAGUUUCCAUGGGCUGAGGCCCCGGGAGCCUCGGGACCUGGAAGCUACCAGCACCACCGAGUACACGGAGCUGAAGAUCCUCCAGUGAGGACCCCCUAGAGCCCCAGCUCGGGCUGGAGGGCCUGGGGCAUCUCUGGGACAGCACUUGAGGAGUUGACAAGUCUCCCUGCACAUGGGCUCUAAAGCACCGUCCAGGAAUCCCACAUGUGACAAAUGAGCAGAACUGGGCUCACAUUUCAGCCCUAUCGCCACCAACGCAUGUGAGUUUAGGAAGUCACCUUAAUUCUUUGUUUCCACCUCUGUACAAUAAACCUGACUCCCAGGGCUGGGGCGAGGCGCAAAGGACGCUGUUAACGUAAAGCACCCAACGGAGGUGAUGGCAUGAGGCGACUGUGCAGGGAGCCCCUCCUCCGAGGCCACACCUCUUCCCAGGUGAGCCCACCAGGUAUAAAGGUCCUGCCACCAGGGCCCGGCUGAGCCUCAUCCGAGAGGCUGUUCUAGCUCCAUUGCUCCCUGAAGGUCGGUCGGCUGCGAUGUCUCCCUUGGCCCCAACCUGCUUCGUCCCUCGCCCACCACAGGUACAGAUUCCUGGGGACCCAACCUGCAACCUCCUCUCUCCUUAGAAAGAAUAAAGCUGCCUGCAGUAAAGUAACAAUACAUUGGAAACCCAACCCUUUAGGAAUGUAUGUCAACGAAAUCAUUAUGGAAUAAAGUUGAAGUGUUUAGCUAAAACUGUAAACCAAGCACAUGAAAACUUGUGAAUGUUGUAUGCGAAUGUUCAUGGCAGGUUGUUCACGGUAGCCAAAAGGUGGAAACAACCCAAAUGUCCGUCAACGGAUGGAUGGAUGAACAAAUUGUGAUCUAUUUACACAGUGGAAAACUAUUUAGUAACAAAAUGAAUGAAACUCUCUACAAAAUGGCUGAAACUUGAAAUCAUGAUGCUUGGUGAAAGAAGCCAGACACAAAAGGUCAGAUAUUGUGUGAUUCCAUUUGUAUGAAAUGUCCAGAAUAGGUGAAUCCAUAGAGAGAGAGCAGGUUCAUGGCUGCCAGGGGCUGGGGGAGGUGUUGGCGGGAUUGUGACUGCUUAAUGGGUUCAGGAUGUCCUUGGCGGGUGAAGAAAGUGCUUUGGAAUUAGAUAGAGGUGAUGGUUACACAACAGUGUGAAUGUGCUAAAUGUCACCAAGUUGUACAAUUCAAAUUGAUUCCUCUUAUGUUAUGAGUUUUAACUCAAUUAAAACAGUGAAUACCACAGUGCAAUACCAAGAGAACGGAUAUAAGGAACGUCAUGUUGCAAUUAAAAUAAAAUAAUGAUGUUAACCCACACAAA